AUGCGCUAUUUAACAAAGAAUUCUAUAACAGGUUGCUCAUCUCAUCGAUCAGGUAAUCGUGGUCGAUUAAUUGAUGUAACUUCAUUACAUAAUCUAACGUCAUUUAACUAUUCGUAUUCUAUUAUUGUUCUGAUACCUCCUCGAAAAGAUAUACUUGAUUUUGCUAUAUUUCAUUCUCCAAUGAUUGUUGGCAUACUUAUUGAUGGAGAAAAUACGAAUAAAACAACAGAUGGUCACUUUACUGAAGUGAGUACUUGUCCGGAAGAUUUCAUUGGUGAGUCAAUAUCAUCGAAUUGUUCGAUUAGAAAAAAUACACAUGGCAUUGAUUUUCGAGGAACAUUUAUUGAUAAACCAAUUUUUUUAUUAACCAAUCAAACUAUGGUAGAUGAGUUUAGAAAACUUAGUCGUAUCUAUAAUCACAAACACGUAUUCAAAGGAAGGCAUAUCAAUGUACAUAUGAAAUCAUAUGCAUAUGGUGCUAAAAAUGCUCAAGUUUGUAGUCGCCGAUCAAAAUCAAAUUAUUUUGCUGAAGCUUAUUUUAAACAUUAUUCAAUUAAAUGUCGAAGCCCAAUGAUAAAUAUUGUUUGGAGUAUAUUCAAUACAAUAUCAGGAAAAAAGACUCGUCCUGCAAAAUCUGUUAUUGUAUUGUAUACUAAAUUUGAUUUCUAUUCUGUCUUUCAACCAAAAAAUGCAGGUGCUCAAUCGACAGCUUUCGGCGUUGUUACAUUACUUGGUUUAGCUUGGUUGUUAGGUCGUAUCAAUUUAAGUCAACUAUUAAUCGCCGAUGAUAACAAUAAAGAUCUUGUUAUUUUGUUUAUGAAUGGACAAAAUUGGAACUAUUAUGGAACAUAUGAAUUAAGUCAAAUGAUUCUAGAAAAACGAUUUCCUUAUAGAAUACAAAAAUCAACUAAUCACAAUAAUUUACAUCCUAUCGAACCUGAACAUAUUGAUAUUAUAGUUAAUAUUGAUCAAUUAGGUAUUACGCAAAAUAGUACAUUUAUUUUAUAUGAUAAUAUUCAUCCAUUUCUUGAAAAAUACAAAGAAGUUUCUUCGAACACCGUAACUUUAGAACCAAUAUCAAAUCGACUCGUUCGUUCUUUGAAUGAUUUUCAUUUAUUAAAUAUUAGUACAUUAGCAAUAUUUACUGAUGCCUAUGAAUAUAUGAAUCCAUUCUUUAAUAGUUAUCAAGAUACUUUAAUUCAUGUAAACAAUUAUACAUCUUUAGAAAAUCAUAUGUAUUCAUUAUUGAAAACGAUCUGUAGUUAUUUUAAUUUACCGGAAUGUUUAAAUAAUUUAUCUAUAGAAAUUAAAGAUGCUUUAAAUGAUCGAAUACAAGCAUUAUUUGAUUGUUUUCUUCAGUCGAAUUGUUCGAAUGUAAUAACUGAAGCAAAGUUAUUUCACUUUGAAGAAGCUUUGAAUAAUAUGAAAGAAUCGUUUUCAUUUCUACAACCUAUUUUACAUCAAUCUGAUGUGAAAAAAUAUAUAAAUAAUCAUUUUUUCUAUGCAUCAUCGUACAUUCAUGAUAUUUUAUUGAAUUGGAUCGCCAUGCGAAAUACAAAUAUAAGUAGACCUCAAUGUGACGAAAUCGACGAUGUUACUAAUUUUAAAAUCUAUCAAAAAUCAACAGAAACAUGUUUAUAUGGUUCAGUAGAUUCAAUUAAUUUAAUACCAAUAACAGAUAAAUCUAUUGACGAUAGAAUUUUAUUUAUAUCGAAUUAUGAUGAACCUGAAUUACUUGUCUAUAUGAUUGAUAAUAGUAGAAAAGAUAUUAUUACACUUAUAUGUGGUAUUUUACUUUUUAUUUCUGGAUUUAUUCUAACAUAUUUUCUUACGAAAUUAUCACCUAUUAUAUUAAUUCAGCCAGAUAAAUUCUCCUUUCUUGAACAAUAG